AUGGUGCUAUAUUUUAUAGGUAUUGGUCUAUGUGAUGAGAAAGAUAUAACAUUAAGAGGCUUAGAAGUGAUAGAAAGUGCUGAUAAGAUAUAUUUAGAAUCAUACACAGCUAUUCUGUCACCAAAUGCUAAUAUAGAAAAAGUUUUAGGGAAGAAAACUAUUAUUGAAGCUGAUCGAAAAUUUAUAGAAGAAGGAAGUGAUAUAAUGUUAGAUGAAGCAACUAAUCAACAAGUAGUUUUAUUAGUUGUAGGAGAUCCACUUUGUGCUACAACCCACUCUGACCUAAUGUUAAGAGCAUAUGAAAAGAAUAUACAAGUUGAAAUCAUCCACAAUGCAAGUAUAAUAUCAGCGAUAGGUGCUACAGGUUUACAAGUAUAUAAGUUUGGUGAAACAGUUUCAAUUCCAUUUUUUGAUAAUAAUUGGCAACCAGAAAGUUUUUAUGAUAAAGUCAAGCUUAAUAUGAAGCAAGGAUUACAUACUUUGUGCUUACUUGAUAUUAAGGUUAAAGAGCAAUCAUUAGAUAAUAUGAUGCGAAAUCUACCCAUCUUUGAAUCUCCCAGAUAUAUGAAUAUUAAUCAAGCAAUUAAACAAUUAUAUAUAAUUGAGAAGAAAAGAAAUGAGAGAGUGGCAUUACCCAGUACAUUAGCAUUUGGAGUAGCUAGGAUAGGUUCAAAGAAUCAACUGAUUUUAGCUGGUACAUUAGAACAGUUAUCCUCUGUAGACUUUGGAGAACCACUACAUUCACUUGUUUUAUGUCAUCCAGAACUUCAUUUAAUAGAGAAGAAAUUCUUCGAAAUUGCUAAUAAACGUAUGAUUGAUCAACUAGAAGCUAGAUCUGUUUGA